CUACAGAACCAUCGCGAUGAGUUUUCCCAGUUUAUUUGGAAGCGACGGAUGGUGGCACGUAAAGAACUUCGGGGUCUCUUCCGAACUGGUCCUGAAGUCAUUGGGCGGUUCGGUGAUAUGAUAUCCAAUGCCACCAUCGAGGCCAUCCAAGGAUUUGAAAAAACUAACUUGUCGCGCCUGUGCAAGAACGCCAUAUCCACAGGAAUCUGUGAUGCCGACGACGUUGGUGGAUACCUUCAGCGCAAGGCAGGUAUCGCAGCACCCAGAGAUCCGACUCUUGGAUCUAUGAGCCAAGAUCGUCUCUUUUUUCAAGUAACCCCGAACCCGUUCAACCUCGAAGCCCCAGAUCAUUCCAAGGCACGAGAGUGGAUAUGCAUCUAUGCGACGAAUGGCAUCUGGAAACACAGACUACUGGCCCAGCCGUCCAUCAAGAGGUUGGUCCAAGACAUAACUGAGAAGAUUCGGCAGAACCCCGGGGCUUCUGGCAGCAACUCGUACAAUCAGGCCAUUGCCCGCGUUCUCGACGCAGUGCACCCAUCUCACCGGCUGCUAGCCUCGACAUUGGCCUAUCCGAUGUCAGCACCGAGCUUGAUCAAGAAGCGGCUAUCCUUUCUUGGCUACGCGCCGCCUAAUCCUAGCGACGAGAUAUCCAACAUUAGUCAGAUGGACUGCUUGACGACGCUGAGACAGCUCAACAAAAGGCUUGAUGAAGAUCACCGGUUCUAUUUCGAGUUCACCGUCCUUGACAAGAGCGACUGGAGAUGCGGCUUCAUCUGUGGCAAGCACAUCAGCCCAAGAAACCACCUCACAUUUCCGGGGAAAGACCCGCAAAGCCUCGGGUUCUCCUCGGACGGAAGUGUAUAUUACAACGGAGAAGCACGACCGUUUGACUCCUUCGCUGAAAUCAAGGACAUGAUGGUCUUUGCAGCAAUACGCACGUACGGGAUUCUGGUUGAUCUGGGCAAGAAUCAAAUAUGCCUGGUGGUUGAUAACAAGAUCUUACCUCCCGGAUUUGGGACCGACGCGGCGGAAUAUUCCUUAGAGGAGCAGAUCGAGCAGAGCCCGGAAGCAUUGCUGUGCCAUUCCAACUUAUCCUCGGCAUACGCCGACCCGCCGCAAUUGAAGGCCAACUUUGGCAGCGCUCCAUUUUCUUUCAGCGUCCUGGGUCGUUCCUUCGACAGCAUUUUGGCUCAUCGCCCAGCAAAGCACUUUGACUCGGACGGGAUAUUUGAUCCUGCCUCUGUCGAGCACCAUAGAGCAAGCCAGGAAGAGGAGGAGCGCCUGCAAUUGACUCUGGAGAAAACACAAUUCAAGGCGUCGAUGCUUGCGGACACGCUCAAGAGCUUUUCGCAGUUCCCGCCUUCGAUCUAUCGGCGGUCGCUGGCUUGUAUGAGGAUUCAACGAGUAUGGAGACGCCACAGAGGUAGAAUGGAGCGCAAGCGUAUUCGUGAGGAGCAAUACGCCGCAGCUACGAUCAUCCAGCGCAUGGCACGAAACAAGCUCAAGAAGCUCCGAGCGCGGAAGAACGAGGCUGCUGCGAUAAUUCAGCGAAACUGGAGAAAGCUCAUGUACAUCCGGCUGGCCCUUCUCCGGUGCAUAUACCAGCAGCCCAUUCCUGAGCUGCACCGAUGUGCCGAAGUCAUACAAAGAAAAUGGAGGCAUUGGUUCAUGUUCCGCAACUCGCCCAUUGCGACGAGAUACAAUGCUCGGAUCGAGGUUCUCAAUGUUGCUGCAAACAAAAUUAUCAAUUGGUGGCGACCGCUUUUCAAGAAAAUCAACGAAACGAAGAAGAUACGAGAGAGACACAAGGCCGCCACGGAUAUUCAAAGAGUGUACCGAGGUGUGGAACUACGCAAGCUCCUUCGCCCAGAUUUGCGAGAAAGGCUGCGCAGACUUGGUGAAUCCGUGGCAUCCCAUCGGGAAGAGCUUUUCCGCAUCCGUGGUGCAUACAUCUUGCAGAACGCUUGGAGAGCUUUCCUCGUCAAACGCGUCCGCUCCGAUAAGAUCAAAACAAGAAAUAGGGCCGCCGCACGCAUCCAGGCUUUCUGGAAGGGCUACUGGGUUCGCUCGCAUAUCCAUCUGCGCUUCAGCUAUGGCGAGUCCGUGUUCCUGAAUGCGGUGCAGCGGGCCAUGAAAAACUGCCACUUUAUCAUCAAGAUGUACAAGCCGUGUGGAAUCGUCUGCCCACGACGAGAUUUAUCGUCGCUGCACACCUGACCGACUGGG